CUCUUCUUUCUCUCUCCCUGUUGACCUGCUGCACAGUUGUUGUUGUUUUUUUUUUUUUUUUUAUGAGGGCGAAGACAAGCGGGGAAUUGGCCAAAUAAAAACGUCAGUAUGUUAUCGUUAUAUCACUAUGACAUCUGGCCCUGGUAUGACCUCCACCUGCCCGCGGGGGGUGCAGUUGUGCCACUGGUGCAACAAUGCAAGCUGUGGAUGUGCGGGCUGGGACCAGUGUGCACUCAACAUGCGUCCGGUUCGGCCCGGAGAGCCAGGAGAGCAGGACCUACGCUAGCAGGGUCGAGGAGUUGUAAAGGUCUCUGUGGAAAUUGAGGUGUGGAAGAGAAAAAAAGAUGACUUGUCUGACUGCCUAUCAGUUGCUAUCUACUGACUGAGCCACUCGUCUAGCUGUGUUGGGUUAUUUUAUCCUCUUGGCCUGUUUUGGCUGAACUGGAGCCACCAUGGACAUGGCCCUGGUAGACUUUGGGAGCUCAGAUGAGCUUGGCGCGGGCCUCGAGGAUGAGGACGCUUAUGCGGAUGAGACCACAGCUCUUACUGUGGACAUACCGGACAUGCCAAGUGGCAACGACCGACUACGAGCCCCACACUUUGCCACCUACACACCAUGCCGCACCAGUCCCGUUCCCUCGUGCACGUGGGAAUCCUCAUCUUCAACACCACUUCCAUUUAUACACACGUUGGAAGUACCUCAUACCCCAAUGCUAACUCCAAGCAUGGAGGGCCGAAGUAGUCGCUCCAGUAUGACCUCCAACUGGAAGGUGCUUCUCAGCAGUGAAGGCAUGAAGGAAAGUGAAGCAAUCUUUAGCCAACUUGCUAAAGAGUGUUGCGAGGACCUUUUUGUCGAUAAAAGGGGGCUGGACGAUGGAGACCAAAAAGUCAUUCUUAACAUCGCCGGGCUUCACUUCGAGACUCAGCUCAAAACAUUAGACCAGUUCCCAGAUACACUGCUAGGAAACCCUCAGAAGAGGAUGGGCUACUUUGAUCCGAUGAGGAACGAAUACUUCUUUGAUCGUAACCGGCCCAGCUUUGACGGGAUUUUGUAUUACUACCAGUCUGGGGGCAAGGUCAGACGUCCAGCAAACGUUCCUCUGGAUGUGUUUGCUGAUGAAAUAAUGUUUUACGGGCUUGGAAAUGAAGCCAUGGAGCAGUUUCGAGAUGAAGAAGGAUUCCUUCGGGAUGUUGAGAUACCGCUGCCUAAUAAUGAUGUCUCGAGACAAUUCUGGCUGCUGCUAGAGUACCCGGAGAGCUCCAACGCGGCUCGAUGUGUUGCGCUAGUGUCCGUGCUUGUUAUUGUCAUUUCCAUCAUUAUUUUCUGCAUGGAAACGCUGCCGGAAUUCAGAGAUGAGAGCGACAUUGUUGCGCCCACCGCCACGAAGCCCGUCAACCUCUCUGGAGUUUACAGCACUGUGGCUCCGCCUGGUGUAAUGCCCACAGUUUUCUCUGAUCCCUUCUUCAUGAUUGAAACCGCCUGCAUUGCCUGGUUCUUCUUUGAGCUUUGUAUCAGAUUUUUGGUCUGCCCGAGCAAAAGAGAGUUUUUCCACAAUCUUAUGAACAUGAUCGACAUUAUAUCCAUCAUUCCCUAUUUUGUCACUGUGGUGACCGAACUGGUCACAAAGCCUGAAGAGAGCUCCGGGCAGAAUAUGUCUUUGGCCAUCCUUCGCAUUAUACGUCUGGUCAGGGUGUUUCGUAUAUUUAAACUGUCACGUCACUCCAAAGGGCUGCAAAUCCUGGGACAGACCCUCAAGGCCAGUAUGCGAGAACUGGGCCUACUCAUCUUCUUCCUGUUUAUUGGAGUUAUCCUUUUCUCCAGCGCUAUCUACUUUGCUGAGGUAGAUGAGCCGAACACACAGUUUGUCAGCAUACCGGAUGGCUUCUGGUGGGCGGUGGUGACCAUGACUACUGUAGGCUACGGGGACAUGUGUCCCAUCACCCUCGGGGGCAAAAUGGUCGGGACAUUGUGCGCCAUUGCAGGUGUACUGACCAUUGCGCUACCUGUUCCUGUCAUUGUUUCCAAUUUCAACUACUUCUAUCACAGAGAAAAUGAAGCAGAGGACAAGCUGUCCUUGACAGAUGCUGUUGAGCAAGCGAUAAUGGCGGACAUGGGGGUGAAACAAAGGAGCAGCUCGUCGCUAAAUAAGGCCAAUGGCAUCUGACAGAGGGACAUGACUAAGAAUCUGCAUUUGGGUCAAUGGUGGGCUGGAGCCUAGAAGUGACAUGUCAAGGUGUGGAUGACUGUUGAUCAACUCAUUGACUGUUUGACCCCAACCCAGUCCCUCAAGUAAAUCCCGACAUAUUCAUAGUUUUGCAUUCACAAAUUUGUCUAUUCCCAGAGUUUUAGAGGGAAACGUAUCACCUGCUAUUCCUUGAAAAAAAAAGGUACCCUCCUUCCUGUUUUUUGUGCUUAGGACAAAGCAUGCCUGAUAUACAAAUAUGACUUUGGUGCCAUCUGUUAGCAAUCUGGUGACUAUAUUGAACUGAGAUAAGGAAUUUUUUAUUUAAGGCCAUAGCCUUUUCGAGGAGGGGGAAAAUGCUUUGCUACCAUUUUGAGACCAAUAUGGUAAGCCUGAAUCCAGUGAAAAUACCAUUAAAAUGAUAUCAAGAAUAUGUUCCAUAUUUUUUAAAGGCAUUUUCUUUCAAGGAAAUUUUAUUUUUAUGUUUGUGCAGGGGCAGUAAAAUAUAAAUCAGAUUACAAAACAUAAUUCCCCUCGUUCACCACCACUCCGGAAGCAGCUAAGGGCGAGUUUAAAUUAGUUUAAAUCAGUUUAUCUGUACCUGCAGGAUUUCAGAAUAUUGGUUAAUUUUCAAGGUAGUGAAGACAGCAUUACCAAAUAUGUUUGGUCAAUAAAAAAAUGAACAGUAACAGUGAGACAACAGAAGUGUGCAUUGUGACUUGAAGAAAAAAAAAUCACACAGCAGUAGCAGUUCCACUGGCUCCUUGUGAGACAUAUUCAUAACACAACGGCAUGGAGCCAGGGAAAGUAAGAUGGAUAGCAAAAAGGCUGACUUUCAAAGUACUGGGUCAUAGUACCAUUUUUCUAUUUUCCAUAUUUAAUGUGCGUAAAUCAUGGUCCAUUUCAGAAACCCAGUGUUGAAAUUGUCAUCUUAAAAUGUUGGCCGGGCUUGAUGCCCAGAAAUACACGAGCCAUUGAGGAAAAUCAACAUAUGACACACACACUGCUCCAGUGUGUAUUUUUUGUGGCAUUAAUUCACCUCACUGAAAUGAGCUUAGUGUAUUUGCCUAACUGUUGAGUCGGGCUGGUUUUGAAAUGGAUUACCUGCAUCGUGAAA